UGAGAGAGAGAGUCCAGGCCCAAAUAAAGCCAUGGGGGCCGGGGCUGGGCUGGGCCCCCCACUGCUAUAAAUACGCUGGCCGUCUGGAGGUUCGGGUUUGGUGGUUGGGGCUUGGGACCAGUCACCACCUCUGCUGCAGCAGUCUUCCUCAGGAGCGUCUCCUCUUUGUACUCCUCAUCCUCCUCCACCUCACUCUGGUCAUCGUUGCUCUGGGCUGCCAAGAUGCCUCGCGUGGACUCAGACAUCAAGCUGGACUUUAAGGAUGUCCUCUUCAGACCCAAGAGGAGCAGCCUGAAGAGUCGCUCAGAGGUGGACCUUCAGAGGACCUUCACAUUCCGCAACUCUAAGCAGACGUACACCGGCAUCCCCAUCAUCGCUGCCAACAUGGACACCACAGGGACGUUUGAAAUGGCACAGGUCCUCAGCAAACACACCCUCUUCACAGCCAUUCAUAAACACUACUCUGUGGAGGACUGGAAAAACUUUGCUGCUAAGAAUCCAGAUUGUGUGGAGCACGUAGCCGCGAGUUCAGGCAGUGGCGUUGCAGAUCUGGAGAGGCUGUGUGCCAUAUUGGAAGCUGUCCCCGUCAUAAAGUACAUCUGUCUGGAUGUGGCCAACGGCUACUCCGAGUACUUUGUGGAGUUUGUCAAGACGGUCAGAGAAAGGUUCCCUAAGCAUACCAUCAUGGCUGGUAACGUGGUAACAGGGGAGAUGGUGGAGGAGCUCAUCCUCUCCGGCGCUGACAUCAUCAAAGUGGGCAUCGGGCCAGGGUCCGUGUGCACGACCAGGAUCAAGACAGGAGUGGGCUACCCCCAGCUCAGUGCUGUCAUCGAGUGUGCAGACUCAGCCCAUGGACUCAAAGGACACAUUAUCUCUGACGGCGGCUGCAGUUGCCCAGGAGACGUGGCUAAGGCCUUUGGUGCAGGGGCUGACUUUGUGAUGAUGGGAGGGAUGCUGGCAGGCCAUGACCAGUGCACCGGAGAGGUCAUCGAGAAGAACGGCAAGAAAGUCAAACUCUUCUACGGCAUGAGCUCUGACACUGCCAUGAAGAAAUAUGUGGGUGGAGUUGCUGAGUAUAGGGCAUCUGAGGGCAGGACAGUGGAGGUUCCCUACAGAGGAGAUGUGAACAACACCAUCCUCGACGUGCUGGGGGGUCUCCGCUCCACCUGCACCUACGUGGGCGCCGCCAAGCUGAAAGAGCUGAGCAGGAGAACCACCUUCAUUCGUGUCACACAACAGUCCAGCCAAAUGUUCCUCUCAUAGGGCGUACUCAUGUCCACACACACACGUUGCAUAGUAUGCACUGUGUGGGUAUUAUGCAGAGUUUAAACGUCCAAUCGUAGGACAGUGGUGUAACACAUACAGGAGACACAACACACACUCACACCGACACUUCCACAUGAUUACAUCAACUUGUUUCUCUCAGGAUAUCUGCCUUCAGAACAUGUGUUUCCUGCAGGUUGUGAUUAAAAUAAACCUUGACAAUAAUUCUCCAAGAUGAAUAAAAGCUCUAUAAUCAUCUCAA